AUGUGGGAGGCUGCGCAGGUGGCCAGAGGAUUCGACUUGCUCGAUUUCUACCCUUCUCUGGAGUUCUUAAACGGGGCUAGCGGGCUGAAAUUGAAGACGGCCCAAAACAGAGCAUCAAUGUAUGGUUGUGGGAGUGGCAGCAGCGGCGGCCGGAAUCCUGUUGGUGGUUGGCUGCACAAGGAGCACAAGCGAUGGAUGAGGAUGGGGGAUUGGGUUGAGAUGGGAUGGAGAUGGCGGGGAGCAGAAUCCGCCGGAAGCUGCGACAGGUAG